CACACGGGCGGCAUGGCCACUUUAAGGGCGGGCCGGGGGCGGGCGCCCCGCAGCUGGGGGCCCAGAGCCAUUGGCGCGGGGCUGGCGGCAGACGAGGCAGGCGGGCUGCCAAGCUCCUCCCGCGGUGAGGCUGCCCCAGGACCCGCACGUGCGCAACCUGCCAUGGCGGCCUCAAUUACCGGCCCGGAGUUCGGCCAAACCCCUGGGCAGGCAAAUAUAGACCUCUUAUUAGUGGGCGAUGUCACAGUUCAGUACCUGGCUGAUACUGUACAGAAAUUAUUUUCAAAUAUAGCAAAAGUCACCGUCAUCAUUAGUGAUGUGAAGAGGGCAGCAGCACUUGUGGAUGACUGCACAUUUGACAUGGUUUUCCUGAAGCUGACUUCUUCACCAACUGCCGAGGAGCUGGAAGUGGUCAAAUUAAUCAGAUUUGGUAAGAAAAAAAAUGCACAUUUGCUGUUUGUUUUUAUAAUCCCUGAGAAUUUUAAAGGUUGUGUUUCAGGACAUGGAGCUGAUAUUGCUUUAACCGAACCACUAACAAUGGAAAAAAUGAGCGUUGUGUUGAAAUACUGGAAAACAUAUUUCUCACUUACUGUUAAGAAUGAAAUUUCUGUGAAGCCUGAAGAACCUGAGUUGCCUCUGCCGAAGUCCUACAGUGAACACCUGGGAUAUUUUUCUACUGAUGUAUUUGCUUGCUCUGAAUCUCUAAGAAAUGACAUUGGACUUGAUUUAAAGGCUCCAUUGUCAAAUUUUGAGAAAAGAAAAAAGAUUUCUCUUCUUCAUUCAAGCAAGGAAAAGCUGAGAAGAGAACGAAUCAAGUAUUGCUGUGAGCAGCUGCGCGCCCUGCUGCCAUAUAUAAAGGGGAGAAAGAAUGAUGCGGCUUCUGUCCUCGAGGCCACAGUUGAUUACGUGAAGUUUGUCCGGGAGAAAAUCCCUCCAGCCAUCAUGGGCCAGAUUACAGAAGUACUUCAGAGCAAUAGGAAGUUUUGUAAGAAACAACAAAUGCCCAUCCAGCUAUCUGUCCCAGGCACAAUCAUGGGACAAAGGGAAAACAGUGUGCUGACCAGCACUUACUCACCUGGGACGGGCAUCAGAUUCCUGACUAACAAGCACUUGAAUGUGUAUUCUGUCCCUGCCUCAGGGGGGGCCUUGGAUGAAGCUGUGAGAGGUCAGUCCAGCUCUGCGUCAGAGAACGCUAUCGGUGAUGUGUAUAAAACCCGAAUCCCCAGCACAGCUCUGUCUCUAAAUUCCUUCCACGCUGUCAGAUACUAUUCUAAAGUGGUCCCUUCCUAUGACGCAGCUGCCGUAACAAAUCAGAACACUCCAGUGCAUUUCCCAACAGCUGUGCCCAAAGUCUCCAAGUUUCUUCCUCAGCACUGCAAUUCUGUGCUGGGCCAGGCGUGCACAGCACACCCCAACUGUCUGCAACAGUUUUGGGCGUAUUAAUAGCACAUGUUUGAAAUUCACUCUAGACCACCUGUUGGGUGCCGUUUGACAAUACAGGAAGAAUGGAACAAAGAAUGAUCUUGAAAGCUACACCCAGAGACCUAAUAUCAAAAGGGUUUGCAUUGUAUGGCUUCUGAUAAAUGUGCUAAAAGCUUCUGCAGGUAGAAAGAGAGGCAGCAAGAGUACUAGCUAGCCAUAGGCUUUUAUUAAUACUUCGCUUCAUACAUACUUGGAUCUCCCCCAACCAAAGUGCUCUGAGAACAAAUGGCCUAGGUGACCUGGACACUUUUUGUUCUCAAAAAACAUUCCACAAUUUUUGCAAAAAAGUACAUUAUAAAGAAGAUCCACAAUUUAUGCAAAAAUUACGUUAUAAAGAUCCACAUAGUGCAUUGAUGUUGCUAAGUACAGAUAUUACAACUUGAUUCUUAUUUUUAGUAUCACUGUGAGUUACUGUCACUUAUUUCUAUGUGGUAUCUUUUCCAGAUUUGGCAUUUUAGAGCAUUUCCUUCAUUAUUCCCACUAAGAUACCUUAAUUUGAGAGAUGUGUUUACCUCCUCACUUGACUACUAAUGAAUAAACUGACGUGUUUAUUUUUGCAUUUCACCUUCCCUUGAGUGAAAUGAGAGCUAACAGGUAAAUGUCUCUUUCUGGAUCUUUAGUUACAGAUUAGCAGGUUUUUCUUUGUUUUCCAUGUCCUUCUCCCUAUAGGCAUUAGAAAAGAUUGUUGGAAAUAAGGGGAGGAAAAUGUUUGUUUUAUAUUUCACUGAAAUGUUCUUAUGCAUAAGUUUUAUUAUUAAAGGAAAUAUUCAGUUCUGAUACUGAAAAUGAUAACCCGUUUUUGUUCUGUUUAAUGAAUACGUGUUCCCUCUUUUAGUAGUGCUAUGUAGGGAAAUUAAUUUUACUAGAUUUUUGAGCAGUUUAAAAAUUAGGCAUAGCCUACAUUUAAUGUUAAAAUGUAUAACUUUUCUUUGAGGAUGGCAAGAUGAUGGAAUUUGUAGAUAUUUGGCAAACUUGAUAAAGGAACUAGAAGUUUCUAACUAAGAUUCUGUGCUUUUUAUUAUAAACAUGUGCUGGACUCUUGCUGUUGGGAAUAGUAAUGGCUUUGACAUCGUAGGAGAACCUGUUGAGGUGUUUUGAGCACUGGGAUGACUUCCUGUGUUCACAGCCG